AUGUCUGGAAACAGCAAAGUGACACCGACCGAUGUCAUACUCAGUUCUACAAAACUCUCGUCAUCAUCUGCUCCCCAGGAAUCGACUAAUUCAGAUAAAGAACUUCAGUAUUUAAUGAAUUACGUGAAUAGUAAGAAAUGCUAUCAUUCUUCGGGCGUUGAAAAUGCAAAUGUAGUCAAUCGGCAGCAAAAAAUCGCAUUCCAAGUCCAAAUAUGGACAUUAAUGGAGAAACGAUCGGUCGUUCUAAAAGAGCAAGCAUUCGAUAACAGACCUACACCUGGUGAAGAUUUGGAAGAUAUGUUCAAUGACAAAUAUGCUUAUGCAGCAUCGGAAACUGUUGUAUCUGAAAAAACACGCGGAUCUAUUGAUCUGCUUAAUACAAGGAAGAAAGUGAUCUGCCCAUCUUGCCAGGGAAAAGGAUUAAAACCUUGUCUUUUGUGUAACGAAAGUGGUGUAAAACUAGGAAAACCCUGUCUGAUGUGCAAUGGUCAAGGUUCAUCAGUAUGUACUAGAUGCUCAAAAGUCGGUCAUGUGGUUCAAUGGAACAAGCUGACUGUAGAAUGGAAUACAGUGUAUUCUGUAACCUACCCAAGAAAUACAUUUCUACCCGAUAGUUGUAUUCACAAAACGGAAGGAAAGUUGAAGACUUCGGAAUCAACAACACCUGCGCAAAAUGGGAUGUUCUGUCGCUACAGUGCGACUCAAGCCAGUCAAACCAGAGCACCGACACAGAAAAGUGUUUGA